AUGGAAGAAGUUAGUAAAUCAGUGGCAAUUAUAGGUGGAGGUUUCAGUGGAAUAUUCUCAUUGAAAGAAGCAUUGGAAAAUAGAUUAUCUGCAACACUUUUCGAAAGAGAGAAUGCAAUAGGUGGAUUGUGGAAUCCAGAGAGCGGUGCAAUGUGGGACAAUAUGUGUACCAAUAUUUCAUUUGUAUCAUCGAUGAUCUCAGACUACCCAUGGACCUCGAUUCCACCUGAACGAGAGUUUCCAACCAAUCAACAGAUCUUCAAGUAUCUCUCAGACUAUGCCAAUCACUUUAAACUGUAUGAAAACAUCCAGUGCAACGCAAAAGUAACCAAGGUCAGUCGUAAUCAUCAACAAGGUGGCUAUCAAGUUGAAUACAUAAACUCUGCUACCGGUCAAUCGAUAAGUAAAGCGUUCGACUUUGUCAUUGUUGCCACUGGAAUUCUGAAGUCGUUCCUCUCUCUUGCUACCCUCAAAGAGGAAGAGCUAGCAGCAGCACGUCGCAAAAUGUUUGAUAGUAUCUGUGGACAGCUGUCGAUUCCAUCGCUCUUCAUUGAACCUGACCAACCAUCGUUCCUGGCAAUCUCCGAUGACUACUGCAAGCAAGUUAGAGAUGGUUGUUUGAUAUUCAAGAAAGCAAAGGUCGUUGAAAUGACCAAAGAUUCUCUGAUACUGGACGAUGGUAGCUUGGAACGAGUGGACGAUGUCAUUCUUUGUCAAGGUUACACAGUGGAUCUAUCUUUUCUUGAACAAGAGAUCAAAGAUGCCAUACAAUAUAUUGAAAGUGAUACUAUUCAACCUAUAAUAGCACACAAAGAAGUAUUCUGUCCUUCUAUGCCUGGUAUUGCAUUUAUUGGAAUCUAUAAGAGUGCUGAUACUACUGUGAUGGAAUUACAAGCACGUUGGGCAACAAAAGUAUUCAGUGGUGCUAUAAAACCUCCGACGGAUGAAGAAAUGAGAAAAGACUCUAUUGCUGCUGCAGUACAAGCAAUGCCAGAUCUUAAAUCAUUGUCCACAUCAAAUCCAUCGCUCUACAAGAUGUUGUAUAGCAAUGUAAACACGCCACUGAUCUACCGAUUAUCGACCAACAAUACUCAACAUAAUGAUAGAGCCAUACAAAUCAUUGAAGAAAUAGAUAAAUUAUAUUAUCAUCAACCUAAUAAAUCGAAUCUUUAA